UUUUCUCAUUAAAGACGACGUCUAUGCGUUCUAGCGCUGAUCUUUAGAGUGUUUGUAAGUGACAUUCUGCAGAAAGGCCCGGGCACUUUGCACAUAGAAAAAUAGACGGCCUCUCCCGCAUAUAUCCUGACAGGGUGAUGCUGAGAAAAACCAGGCCGACGGGACGGAAUCUCCGAUUAAGAGGAGGACGGUGUUUUUCUAGCACUUUUGCAGCUCCUCAUCUCUUGCUUCGGGAGCUGAGGGGGAAUCCAGCACGCCUCCUAACUGAAUGUGUCAUAUUCAAACUGCCCGCUAACUCCCAACAUCUGGUUCAGCACAAACGUCAAAGGAGUUCUUGUCCUCGCUGUCAACAGAAUGAGAGCGGCUCGCCACAAGGUGAACAAGGAGGGUGGCCAAAUGAACUGUUUCGCCUGAGGACCAAAGAUCACAGGCCUCGAUCCGACGGAGGAGCCAGACCUGCUGCUUUUCUUGACAUUAUGAGCUGAGACCGACGACUUGAUCUGGGAUUUUUACUUGAUGGUGAGAGAAAGAAAAGAACCAUGGAUGUGAAGAAAAAAGAAAUGGAACUUUUGAGCAACAGCAUAGCUGCAAUGGCACAUAUUAAAGCAAAUCCAGAGAGCUUUGGGCUGUACUUCGUUCUCGGAGUGUGCUUCGGCCUGGUGCUCACCCUCUGUCUGCUGGUCAUCCGGAUCUCCUGCAAGCCGCGGACCAACAUCAGCCCCUCAACCCCCGAGAAGAAGCAACUGAAAAGUCCAAACGAGGACCAAGAGGACAGCGACGACGAGGAAGAAGAAGAGGAAGAAGACGCUGACGAGCUUGAGGUGCAGAUCCCGUUGCCCAGCACUGAAAUCCCCGUCGGCAACCACGUGGGUCAGCCGGAUGGGAGUCUGAGCGUGAAUGUGUUUACAUCAGCCGAGGAGCUGGAACGGGCCCAGAGGCUGGAGGAGAGAGAACGGAUCAUCCGGGAGAUCUGGAGGAACGGCCAGCCGGACAUUCUCGGGACGGGAACGGGGACUAUUGGAAGAGUGCACUACUAUUAAGAUUGGAACAGCGAGGGACACACUGUGGAGGAGCUACAAAGACCACUUGGGGGACCCUUGGUGCCUUUGAAGAAGAGUCACGUGUGGAAUAGACAUUUGAUGAACUUGGCUCUGAUAGAGCUAAACAGAGAAAUUGCACUUCCUGCAUAGCAUUUUAUGUUAUUAAUUGACUUUGUUCAAUUAAACCACAAGUCUUACUGGUAUAUUUCCCUUCUGUUGACAGUAUGUUUUGAAUGUGGGAGUGGAAGAUUUCUUGGUGAUAACUCAGCUUUAACAAUAAAUGGUGCUUUCUAU